UAUAUACUUGAGAGUGACAUUGUUUGGUGAUUCUGUCGGGUCGGUUCGGGGGCUCGUGCUUGUGACGAUAAUUCGCUGGUAUUUCAAGAGUCGUGAAUCAUUUUGUGAGGAUGACUGUUUAGUUUGCCAACCCGCCUUGCUCCAGUUAUAAUAUUCGUGUUCCAAUGACCAGAGCUGUUCCUAAGUCUUGCCAGCAUGUGGUGAUGUUUUAUUUCUAUUUCUAGUUCCUUUAGUGUAAUCGUUGUGGUCAGUUAGUUUGGAUACGGUGACAAGUCAUUAGGUACAUUUUUCAGGAGUGAGAAGAAUUAAGGAAAACUGAUGUGCAUUGAGUGGUUGGUGAUAAUCUAAACUUUCGAACUCAUAUUUGGAGUAUCAGUUGUGGAGGCGAGGUCAUGUUAGCGGUCUUUCUACACUUUUAACAAUAAUUCGAGUGACAUUGGAUUUCGUGUCAAAACCAUCAAGCAUUAGUUGUUACAUAUAGGCCAGGUUCCGGCGAGGUUCGAUCAUGAAGUGGCAACAAAUCACAUUUGUGGUGAUGCUGGUCAUGGCCAGCACGGCACUAGGUUCAACAACAACAGCAAAAACAACCAGUCCAAGCAACGCUACAGAUGCAGUAAUGAAUGGAACAACAGUCAGUCCAACAACUCCAGGAAGUACUCAAGCGCCUGUGGCAUCUGUUGAACUUACACUAAAAGGAAAUUUCUCAGAUAUUGUACCAACUGCAAAUACUACGGAGUAUGAAGCAUUCAAGCAAGACCUAGUGAAACAAUUAGCAGCACUGUUUGGUGUUCCAGAAGCUAGUAUCAACAUUGACAGAAUUGUGAAAGGUUCGAUCAAAAUCAUCUUCACCAUAGAUUCCACAAAGUUGAAUGCGACUCGGACGUUGGAGAGUAUCGUUGCCAACGUUGAAGAGUUCCCCAGACAAAACAAAACCAUAUCAGUCGGAAACACAACUUUGUCAGUUUCUGCAGUCACAGUCUCCCUUCAAUCGACAGACAUGACUUCAGCGAUGCCUGUUACUACAGCCAGCUCAGAUAACACCACCAAUACAGCCAGUGCGACAACAACAGAAACAGACAACACUACAGAUACAAUGAGUGCAACAACGGCAAGCCCAGACAACACUACGGAUGUGGGUGCAACGACAGCGGGCCCAGAUAACACUACCAUUGCAACUGCUGCAACAACCAUGGGACCAGACAACACCACUGAUGCUAUUGGUUCAACAACGGUGGGCCCAGUCAACGCUACUGAUGGAACAACCGCGAGACCAGACAACACCACUGAUGCUAUUGGACCGACAUCCAGUCCAAGCAACGCUACAGAUGCAGUAAUGAAUGGAACAACAGUCAGUCCAACAACUCCAGGAAGUACUCAAGCGCCUGUUGCAACUGUUGAACUUACACUAAAAGGAAAUUUCUCAGAUAUUGUACCAACUGCAAAUACUACGGAGUAUGAAGCAUUCAAGCAAGACCUAGUGAAACAAUUAGCAGCACUGUUUGGUGUUCCAGAAGCUAGUAUCAACAUUGACAGAAUUGUGAAAGGUUCGAUCAAAAUCAUCUUCACCAUAGAUUCCACAAAGUUGAAUGCGACUCAGACGUUGGAGAGUAUCGUUGCCAACGUUGAAGAGUUCCCCAGACAAAACAAAACCAUAUCAGUCGGAAACACAACUUUGUCAGUUUCUGCAGUCACAGUCUCCCUUCAAUCGACAGACAUGACUUCAGCGAUGCCUGUUACUACAGCCAGCUCAGAUAACACCACCAAUACAGCCAGUCCGACAACAACAGAAACAGACAACACUACAGAUACAAUGAGUGCAACAACGGCAAGCCCAGACAACACUACGGAUGUGGGUGCAACGACAGCGGGCCCAGAUAACACUACCAUUGCAACUGCUGCAACAACCAUGGGACCAGACAACACCACUGAUGCUAUUGGUUCAACAACGGUGGGCCCAGUCAACGCUACUGAUGGAACAACCGCGAGACCAGACAACACCACUGAUGCUAUUGGACCGACAUCCAGUCCAAGCAACGCUACAGAUGCAGUAAUGAAUGGAACAACAGUCAGUCCAACAACUCCAGGAAGUACUCAAGCGCCUGUUGCAACUGUUGAACUUACACUAAAAGGAAAUUUCUCAGAUAUUGUACCAACUGCAAAUACUACGGAGUAUGAAGCAUUCAAGCAAGACCUAGUGAAACAAUUAGCAGCACUGUUUGGUGUUCCAGAAGCUAGUAUCAACAUUGACAGAAUUGUGAAAGGUUCGAUCAAAAUCAUCUUCACCAUAGAUUCCACAAAGUUGAAUGCGACUCAGACGUUGGAGAGUAUCGUUGCCAACGUUGAAGAGUUCCCCAGACAAAACAAAACCAUAUCAGUCGGAAACACAACUUUGUCAGUUUCUGCAGUCACAGUCUCCCUUCAAUCGACAGACAUGACUUCAGCGAUGCCUGUUACUACAGCCAGCUCAGAUAACACCACCAAUACAGCCAGUCCGACAACAACAGAAACAGACAACACUACAGAUACAAUGAGUGCAACAACGGCAAGCCCAGACAACACUACGGAUGUGGGUGCAACGACAGCGGGCCCAGAUAACACUACCAUUGCAACUGCUGCAACAACCAUGGGACCAGACAACACCACUGAUGCUAUUGGUUCAACAACGGUGGGCCCAGUCAACGCUACUGAUGGAACAACCGCGAGACCAGACAACACCACUGAUGCUAUUGGACCGACAUCCAGUCCAAGCAACGCUACAGAUGCAGUAAUGAAUGGAACAACAGUCAGUCCAACAACUCAAGGAAGUACUCAAGCGCCUGUUGCAACUGUUGAACUUACACUAAAAGGAAAUUUCUCAGAUAUUGUACCAACUGCAAAUACUACGGAGUAUGAAGCAUUCAAGCAUGACCUAGUGAAACAAUUAGCAGCACUGUUUGGUGUUCCAGAAGCUAGUAUCAACAUUGACAGAAUUGUGAAAGGUUCGAUCAAAAUCAUCUUCACCAUAGAUUCCACAAAGUUGAAUGCGACUCAGACGUUGGAGAGUAUCGUUGCCAACGUUGAAGAGUUCCCCAGACAAAACAAAACCAUAUCAGUCGGAAACACAACUUUGUCAGUUUCUGCAGUCACAGUCUCCCUUCAAUCGACAGACAUGACUUCAGCGAUGCCUGUUACUACAGCCAGCUCAGAUAACACCACCAAUACAGCCAGUGCGACAACAACAGAAACAGACAACACUACAGAUACAAUGAGUGCAACAACGGCAAGCCCAGACAACACUACGGAUGUGGGUGCAACGACAGCGGGCCCAGAUAACACUACCAUUGCAACUGCUGCAACAACCAUGGGACCAGACAACACCACUGAUGCUAUUGGUUCAACAACGGUGGGCCCAGUCAACGCUACUGAUGGAACAACCGCGAGACCAGACAACACCACUGAUGCUAUUGGACCGACAUCCAGUCCAAGCAACGCUACAGAUGCAGUAAUGAAUGGAACAACAGUCAGUCCAACAACUCAAGGAAGUACUCAAGCGCCUGUUGCAACUGUUGAACUUACACUAAAAGGAAAUUUCUCAGAUAUUGUACCAACUGCAAAUACUACGGAGUAUGAAGCAUUCAAGCAAGACCUAGUGAAACAAUUAGCAGCACUGUUUGGUGUUCCAGAAGCUAGUAUCAACAUUGACAGAAUUGUGAAAGGUUCGAUCAAAAUCAUCUUCACCAUAGAUUCCACAAAGUUGAAUGCGACUCGGACGUUGGAGAGUAUCGUUGCCAACGUUGAAGAGUUCCCCAGACAAAACAAAACCAUAUCAGUCGGAAACACAACUUUGUCAGUUUCUGCAGUCACAGUCUCCCUUCAAUCGACAGACAUGACUUCAGCGAUGCCUGUUACUACAGCCAGCUCAGAUAACACCACCAAUACAGCCAGUGCGACAACAACAGAAACAGACAACACUACAGAUACAAUGAGUGCAACAACGGCAAGCCCAGACAACACUACGGAUGUGGGUGCAACGACAGCGGGCCCAGAUAACACUACCAUUGCAACUGCUGAAACAACCAUGGGACCAGACAACACCACUGAUGCUAUUGGUUCAACAACGGUGGGCCCAGUCAACGCUACUGAUGGAACAACCGCGAGACCAGACAACACCACUGAUGCUAUUGGACCGACAUCCAGUCCAAGCAACGCUACAGAUGCAGUAAUGAAUGGAACAACAGUCAGUCCAACAACUCCAGGAAGUACUCAAGCGCCUGUUGCAACUGUUGAACUUACACUAAAAGGAAAUUUCUCAGAUAUUGUACCAACUGCAAAUACUACGGAGUAUGAAGCAUUCAAGCAAGACCUAGUGAAACAAUUAGCAGCACUGUUUGGUGUUCCAGAAGCUAGUAUCAACAUUGACAGAAUUGUGAAAGGUUCGAUCAAAAUCAUCUUCACCAUAGAUUCCACAAAGUUGAAUGCGACUCAGACGUUGGAGAGUAUCGUUGCCAACGUUGAAGAGUUCCCCAGACAAAACAAAACCAUAUCAGUCGGAAACACAACUUUGUCAGUUUCUGCAGUCACAGUCUCCCUUCAAUCGACAGACAUGACUUCAGCGAUGCCUGUUACUACAGCCAGCUCAGAUAACACCACCAAUACAGCCAGUCCGACAACAACAGAAACAGACAACACUACAGAUACAAUGAGUGCAACAACGGCAAGCCCAGACAACACUACGGAUGUGGGUGCAACGACAGCGGGCCCAGAUAACACUACCAUUGCAACUGCUGAAACAACCAUGGGACCAGACAACACCACUGAUGCUAUUGGUUCAACAACGGUGGGCCCAGUCAACGCUACUGAUGGAACAACCGCGAGACCAGACAACACCACUGAUGCUAUUGGACCGACAUCCAGUCCAAGCAACGCUACAGAUGCAGUAAUGAAUGGAACAACAGUCAGUCCAACAACUCCAGGAAGUACUCAAGCGCCUGUUGCAACUGUUGAACUUACACUAAAAGGAAAUUUCUCAGAUAUUGUACCAACUGCAAAUACUACGGAGUAUGAAGCAUUCAAGCAAGACCUAGUGAAACAAUUAGCAGCACUGUUUGGUGUUCCAGAAGCUAGUAUCAACAUUGACAGAAUUGUGAAAGGUUCGAUCAAAAUCAUCUUCACCAUAGAUUCCACAAAGUUGAAUGCGACUCAGACGUUGGAGAGUAUCGUUGCCAACGUUGAAGAGUUCCCCAGACAAAACAAAACCAUAUCAGUCGGAAACACAACUUUGUCAGUUUCUGCAGUCACAGUCUCCCUUCAAUCGACAGACAUGACUUCAGCGAUGCCUGUUACUACAGCCAGCUCAGAUAACACCACCAAUACAGCCAGUGCGACAACAACAGAAACAGACAACACUACAGAUACAAUGAGUGCAACAACGGCAAGCCCAGACAACACUACGGAUGUGGGUGCAACGACAGCGGGCCCAGAUAACACUACCAUUGCAACUGCUGCAACAACCAUGGGACCAGACAACACCACUGAUGCUAUUGGUUCAACAACGGUGGGCCCAGUCAACGCUACUGAUGGAACAACCGCGAGACCAGACAACACCACUGAUGCUAUUGGACCGACAUCCAGUCCAAGCAACGCUACAGAUGCAGUAAUGAAUGGAACAACAGUCAGUCCAACAACUCAAGGAAGUACUCAAGCGCCUGUUGCAACUGUUGAACUUACACUAAAAGGAAAUUUCUCAGAUAUUGUACCAACUGCAAAUACUACGGAGUAUGAAGCAUUCAAGCAAGACCUAGUGAAACAAUUAGCAGCACUGUUUGGUGUUCCAGAAGCUAGUAUCAACAUUGACAGAAUUGUGAAAGGUUCGAUCAAAAUCAUCUUCACCAUAGAUUCCACAAAGUUGAAUGCGACUCGGACGUUGGAGAGUAUCGUUGCCAACGUUGAAGAGUUCCCCAGACAAAACAAAACCAUAUCAGUCGGAAACACAACUUUGUCAGUUUCUGCAGUCACAGUCUCCCUUCAAUCGACAGACAUGACUUCAGCGAUGCCUGUUACUACAGCCAGCUCAGAUAACACCACCAAUACAGCCAGUCCGACAACAACAGAAACAGACAACACUACAGAUACAAUGAGUGCAACAACGGCAAGCCCAGACAACACUACGGAUGUGGGUGCAACGACAGCGGGCCCAGAUAACACUACCAUUGCAACUGCUGCAACAACCAUGGGACCAGACAACACCACUGAUGCUAUUGGUUCAACAACGGUGGGCCCAGUCAACGCUACUGAUGGAACAACCACGGGACCAGACAACACCACUGAUGCUAUUGGUUCAACAACGGUGGGCCCAGUCAACGCUACUGAUGGAACAACCGCGAGACCAGACAACACCACUGAUGCUAUUGGACCGACAUCCAGUCCAAGCAACGCUACAGAUGCAGUAAUGAAUGGAACAACAGUCAGUCCAACAACUCAAGGAAGUACUCAAGCGCCUGUUGCAACUGUUGAACUUACACUAAAAGGAAAUUUCUCAGAUAUUGUACCAACUGCAAAUACUACGGAGUAUGAAGCAUUCAAGCAAGACCUAGUGAAACAAUUAGCAGCACUGUUUGGUGUUCCAGAAGCUAGUAUCAACAUUGACAGAAUUGUGAAAGGUUCGAUCAAAAUCAUCUUCACCAUAGAUUCCACAAAGUUGAAUGCGACUCGGACGUUGGAGAGUAUCGUUGCCAACGUUGAAGAGUUCCCCAGACAAAACAAAACCAUAUCAGUCGGAAACACAACUUUGUCAGUUUCUGCAGUCACAGUCUCCCUUCAAUCGACAGACAUGACUUCAGCGAUGCCUGUUACUACAGCCAGCUCAGAUAACACCACCAAUACAGCCAGUCCGACAACAACAGAAACAGACAACACUACAGAUACAAUGAGUGCAACAACGGCAAGCCCAGACAACACUACGGAUGUGGGUGCAACGACAGCGGGCCCAGAUAACACUACCAUUGCAACUGCUGCAACAACCAUGGGACCAGACAACACCACUGAUGCUAUUGGUUCAACAACGGUGGGCCCAGUCAACGCUACUGAUGGAACAACCGCGAGACCAGACAACACCACUGAUGCUAUUGGACCGACAUCCAGUCCAAGCAACGCUACAGAUGCAGUAAUGAAUGGAACAACAGUCAGUCCAACAACUCCAGGAAGUACUCAAGCGCCUGUUGCAACUGUUGAACUUACACUAAAAGGAAAUUUCUCAGAUAUUGUACCAACUGCAAAUACUACGGAGUAUGAAGCAUUCAAGCAAGACCUAGUGAAACAAUUAGCAGCACUGUUUGGUGUUCCAGAAGCUAGUAUCAACAUUGACAGAAUUGUGAAAGGUUCGAUCAAAAUCAUCUUCACCAUAGAUUCCACAAAGUUGAAUGCGACUCAGACGUUGGAGAGUAUCGUUGCCAACGUUGAAGAGUUCCCCAGACAAAACAAAACCAUAUCAGUCGGAAACACAACUUUGUCAGUUUCUGCAGUCACAGUCUCCCUUCAAUCGACAGAUAUGACUUCAGCGAUGCCUGUUACUACAGCCAGCUCAGAUAACACCACCAAUACAGCCAGUGCGACAACAACAGAAACAGACAACACUACAGAUACAAUGAGUGCAACAACGGCAAGCCCAGACAACACUACGGAUGUGGGUGCAACGACAGCGGGCCCAGAUAACACUACCAUUGCAACUGCUGCAACAACAGCGGGACCAGACAACACCACUGAUGCUAUUGGUUCAACAACGGUGGGCCCAGUCAACGCUACUGAUGGAACAACCCCGGACCCAGACAACACCACUGAUGCUAUUGGUUCAACAACGGUGGGCCCAGUCAACGCUACUGAUGGAACAACCACGGGACCAGACAACACCACUGAUGCUAUUGGUUCAACAACGGUGGGCCCAGUCAACGCUACUGAUGGAACAACCACGGGACCAGACAACACCACUGAUGCUAUUGGUUCAACAUCGGUUGCCCCAGUCAACGCUACUGAUGGAACAACCGCGAGACCAGACAACACCACUGAUGCUAUUGGUUCAACAACGGUGGGCCCAGUCAACGCUACUGAUGGAACAACCACGGGACCAGACAACACCACUGAUUCUAUUGGUUCAACAACGGUGGGCCCAGUCAACGCGACUGAUGGAACAACCGCCGCACCAGACAACACCACUGAUGCUAUUGGACCGACAUCCAGUCCAAGCAACGCUACAGAUGCAGUAAUGAAUGGAACAACAGUCAGUCCAACAACUCCAGGAAGUACUCAAGCGCCUGUUGCAACUGUUGAACUUACACUAAAAGGAAAUUUCUCAGAUAUUGUACCAACUACAAAUACUACGGAGUAUGAAGCAUUCAAGAAGGACCUAGUGAAACAAUUAGCAGCACUGUUUGAUGUUCCAGAAGCUAGUAUCAACAUUGAUAGCAUUAUUGCUGGUUCAAUAAAAGUCUCAAUCACUAUAGACUCUUCCAAACUGCACACGAAUCAGACAUUGGCCAGCGUUGUUGAGGCAGCGAAUGCCAUUCCGAGUCAGAACAAGACUGUGAACGUAGGAGGAAAGGACUUGCUGGUCACUGCAGUUACAGCAACUGUUCAGACCAUUACCACCACUCCAAACACGAUCACACCUAAGAGCACCAAGAUAGCAGCUCAAACACAGGGUCUUCAGACUGUCGAUAUCGUCGUCAUCAGUGUGGCCGCUUCAAUAUGCGGGAUCUUGAUCAUAGUAGGGAUUGUGUUAUGCUGUAAAGCCUGUCGCAGGAAACGCGCGAACUCUUUUGAUUUUGAAGGCGGGACUUUAUUCCCUGAUAAUUUCACCUUAGAAAGAAUCCCUCGCGCCAAGUCAGUUAAUGUAGUUGACAGCGUUGAAACGGUCAGCGACCGAUACACUUAUAUUGAUGCGUCUGUACCCUCUGGAUAUUACAACGCUGUUGCGGAGAAUGGGACGCAAAAUGGGAAGAGUCCAACGCCUCAUGAGGGCGAGACAUUACUUAAAUCAGAUAAAGCCCAAGCUGGCUAUGACAAUCCUGUCUUUGAGGCCCCUACUUCCAGCAAGUCAAAGGAUAACACAACAAGUGCAACAUAUGACAAUGUUUACCAACCAUAUAUUCCAAGUGCAGACUAUUGAGCUAAAGCCUUUUUCUAGGGAUGUGUAACUUAUUUAGCGAGUAGUCUCGUUACCGGCCAUUUUUCCUACUCGCAUGUCACGAGUUUCUUAGGAACAAGUUUAAGCCAGUGACGGGUUCGUAGAGCAGGCCUUUAGAAUACUUUAAUCCACUAAAUUUUUGCCAGCGUUUCAUUUGCACGGACUUCGUGAAAAACCUCAAAGUCACAAAAAUAAAACGGCACAAGAAAUCUGAAAUAUACCUGAAAGGCUGGUGACUGGAUGAGCCAUACUGUGUCCGCCGAACUUGGACUAAUAUAAAGUGAUAGUGUUCCUAUCAGAAGAUGGGAUGCAUCGGAAUACAUACUUUUUCAACAAACUCUUUAUAAGAUGCAUGUCCGCAGCACCCUCUAUACAGAAAAUCUAUCUGCAUCAGUAUUGUUAAUGCGGCGCCGGGUAUUGCUCAAGGAGUUGUACUUAGCAGCGUCUGUGUGCUAACACUGAGUUGAAGAGGUGAUGCCAACAUUUAUCAAUCCAAAUCGGCCAUUUGGAGAAAAAUAAAAAAGAAUGUAGGAAAAUUCAUCAAAAAUGAAUUCUUUGUCAAAAUGUGUAGCAUUUUGGCAGUGAAUUGUGACAAGAUUGUAUAUCGUACUAACUGACACAAACCCACAUUUGCAGGAAAAACACAAAAUGCUUAAAAAUUGGAUUUUGGUGCAAGUGUGGGAGCAAAACUCUUCAAAACUCUUCAAUUACUUGUAUUUUUAGUGUGCACUCAAAUGUGUUCAUACAUUUCAAUCAAUAGCCAUGACUGUAAUCAACCAUAACAUUUACAGGGUGGGCAUUGACUGUAAACAGGGCUAGGAGAUGAUGAAGCCUUCAAGCAGCCAAUACCUGCUUUGCAUGUAUCCUAUUUAGUCGCAACAGCGCCAAACACAUUUUUAUUGGCAACAAGUGAGAUUUAUUUAAACUGCUGCAAGUGAUUGCUGGAUUUAAAAUUGAUCGCCGGUUUUAAGCACAUGCGACGAGCCAAGCAAACAAGUGAUUAUAUUGCAUGCAAUCAUAAUUUCAGGUCCCACCAAUUCAAAUCACUUGUCAGCGGAUGCUUCAUCGUGCCAACAUGGCUUUGAUAAAGGUCCCUGGAGAUCUCUAUAUCUGGGUCAAUUUUCAAAAGUUGGUCGCGUGGUAGUGGCCUCGUUCUGAGUGCCUCUUCACACAAAUUAUCAAUUGAAUACUUGUACAUUUGUUGAAAUCGACAUGAAUGUCUGCUUGUUUUUGAGGUGCAAUGAAGACUAGGUCUUGCUGCUGUUAAAGGGCGAGUACAACUGUUAAGAUGAUAAGGCUUACUAUUGUUCUUAAUGUAAUCUAAAUGACAUGUCAUUACUGAGCUGAAUGUACAAUGGGCAAGUGAAUUUCAAGGGGUGGGUCACUGUAUUUAUAGGGCAGAUAAUGUGCAUUUCACUACAUGUAUAUUCGGCUCAGUGAUUGAGGUAAAAUCGUGAUAUACUUGAGUUUGAAAAGCUUUUCUGUGAAGAAGAUGCAGUCUUUUUAGCAGAAAUGUUGAAUUUCUGAAAUCCAUUGCAUCAGAAUUAUGGAUUAUCGUCAUGAAUAUGUAUAUACAUGUACUCAUCAAUGGAGGAGAGAAAAAGGGGAAGCACACAUGACAUAUGUCAGUCAGGAGGCAUUGUGACUAAGACUGCUGUACCAUUCCUAUACUGCAAAACAAGUUGGCAUCCCGUUUGUUGGGGAGACAGAUUUCAAUUUCUUGGCCUCAAGCAACACAGUUGAUUAAGAUUUGCAUUUAUACUUCAUAUAUUUUCAGUUAUUUCAACACUUUGAAUGGUGGUAUUGAGUUUGUGAGGACUUGAAAUUGAUAUCGGUUACAUUACAGCCUGCAUAGCGUAUCAGGGGAUGCCUCAGGCUAGUUUUGUAUAGGAUGCCUAAGCUGGGUUUACAGGGGAUUCUCACGGUCAUGGUUCACAUACCACGUCACUUGCCAUGAGCAUGUCACAUGAGUAAGGCUUGAAAGCAUGACAUGACACCGAGAGAGUCGUAUGUAGCCCGCUGUUUGGUAAAGACUUGUUUGUCCUUAGAGUAACAACAUGAACUCUAUAUAAACACAGCAUUAGUGCAGGUUUACAGAACAGGUGCUACUCUCUUGAGAGUCACAAUGUCUCUAGACAAACUUUACGUUGUCAUGUGCUAAUCUAUUCUGAAGAUGCCUGUUGAAAAGACAGGUAAAAUUGUCAUUUAUUCUAUUCCAGUCAUGGUAUGGGGAGAUUGCACUUUUGCACUCCUUUCUAAUGACAAAGCCUUUACCUUUAACCAUACCAUUUUGGUAAUUACUUAAAGCUCACUUAAUUUUUAUAUCACUUUAUGAAAAAACAUUAAAAUCCAUCCAGGUUAUUCUUUGAGCCAUCAACUAUUCUCUGUUGAUGCUUUCUUAAGCUUUCCGUCCCAACAACUGUCUUCCAGUGAAGCACAUUCCUAAGUCAUGAAGUUCACAAACUGAUCAGGGCUACUCUUUUUGCAUUGGUGCAGGGGUGGGAGGUCGACACCAACGUUUACAUUUUCAACAGGUAACAAUUUACUAUCCAAACCAUCACUCUUAUAAAGUUUUAGGUUCAGGGACAAGAUGUUUGUAUUCAACAAAACAGAUGGGAAGACAGGAAAGGGAUUUAGAAUACACAUUGCUAUACACAUCACCAACAGUCUUGGACUAUGAGCUUGGGGCUUGAGACCAGUCCGUUAUAUGCGAGCAUCCAGUUUAUUGAAGUCUGAUAUAUGCAGGAUUUCUAGAAGUAAGAAAUAGAAAACCCGCCACCUAUUGUCGUAUUGGCAGCACACCAUCAUCUACUGAUCUAGGUGGUCUGAAAACAUUUAAAAUGUAACAUGAAAACACGUUAUCUAUUCGAAAAUCAUUCAGUGAAUGUUCUGUUGAAAAGCAUUUUGGCCGUGUGAGUGAUUGUGGAGAGCAUGUUGUACAGACUGAGCAAAUCCUGAAACACUUUCCAGCAUGAAAUGUUUUAGGAAGCGUUACAACAUUUGGUGUUUGAUGUUGAGAUUUUCAUUGAUUGAGCCGCAGUCCACCAAGUGGGAUUAAGAGUCAACAUUUGUAGAACUCUGAUAUGCAAAUGAGCACAUCAGACCUUUUGUACACUGUAUGUGAAUGAUAACCCUCCAAGUUGUGUGAUAUUCUGAGUCAACAGUUUGAAAGUCUGUGAUCGUUUCGUCCGAGAACUUUCGUAAGCUACAUUUUGUAAAUAAAA